GCUCGCUCGCUCGCUCUCUCGCGAUGUCCUCGGACCAGAGCGUCCCUCGCAUUUCGGCGACAAGAAGGAGGAGAUAAAAGCACAUACACGCAGCAGGGGCUGGACAGAGGAUGUCUGUGAAAUAUCAAUUAGGCGAAUGAAUCGUGGGUCUCAGAUGCGCGUUUCACACACACAGCAUCCGUGUGCGUUCCUGAGGCUGAAGCGGAGCCGCAUCUCCUCAACUUUGUGACCUCCUCUAAUCUGAUGUCUUAACUGCCACGGUGCCAGACACCCGGGAUUCCUGAUAAAAUCGCACCUUUUCAACCACCCGCAGUCUUGUUUUGUUUCUUCUUUUUUUUUUUUUUUUUUUUUUUAACAAGCUGUUUUGCAUGGAUGCACCAUGGCCACCUUCACGUGCAGGGUUCAGUUCUUAGAUGACACCGAUCCGUUCAACAGCACCAAUUUCCCCGAACCGACGAGACCUCCUCUGUACACCUUCAGACAGGACCUUCCCCUGGUGGACCAGAUCGCAGGAGUCCACAAGACCCUGAAAGCCCCACACAAGCUCGAUGACUGCACCCUGCAGUUGUCUCACAGCGGGACCUACCUGGACCUGGAGUCCACUCUAGCAGAGCAGCGGGAUGAGCUGGAGGGAUUUCAGGAGGACGGCGGGAGAGGCAAGAAGCACAGCAUAGUCCUUCGAACACAGCUGUCGGUCAGGGUUCACGCCUGCAUUGAGAAGCUGUACAACUCAAGUGGGCGAGAGCUGAGACGUGCCCUGUUCUCCCUCAAGCAGAUCUUUCAGGAUGACAAGGACCUGGUGCACGAGUUUGUGGUAGCAGAAGGCCUGGCAUGCCUGAUAAAGGUGGGAGCGGAAGCAGACCAGAACUACCAGAACUACAUCCUCAGAGCUCUGGGACAGAUCAUGCUCUAUGUGGAUGGGAUGAAUGGGGUCAUUGGUCACAACGAGACCAUCCAGUGGCUUUACACACUCAUUGGAUCCAAGUUCCGGCUGGUGGUGAAGACUGCGCUGAAGUUGCUUCUGGUGUUCGUGGAAUACACCGAGACCAAUGCUGCGCUGCUUGUCAGGGCCAUCAACGUCGUGGACACCAAGAGGGGCUGUAAACUGUGGUCAAAUGCCAUGGAGAUACUGGAUGAGAAAGAUGGAACGGACACUGAGCUACUGGUCUAUGUCAUGACUCUCAUCAACAAGACACUGGCUGGUCUGCCAGACCAGGACUCAUUCUAUGAUGUGGUGGACUGUUUGGAGGAACAGGGCAUCGAGGGCCUGGCCCAGAAGCAUCUCAGCAGGAAGGGGACAGACUUUGACCUGGUAGAGCAGUUCAACAUCUACGAGGUGACCCUGAGACAUGAGGACGGGGACGACGACAGCCAGCCACCACCUGUCGGCCGUAAGGACCGACGACGAGCCAGCCUGGGAAGCAGUAAUGAUAAACGGGGCUUGGAGAGACGCCGCAGCCGAAGACACUCCCUCCACAGUGGGAGGGGCCACACCUCCGCCCCCGCCUCCCCCAGCACUCCACAUUGUCGCACUCAAUCAGGACAGUUCUUGCCUUUUGCUGGACAGAGGGUCCAGGAUGUGUCUGAGAGGAACUGUGGACACGGGAGCCUCUAUUCUAGCCAAUCCCACACCAGCAUCAGCGCCCCAUCCACACCCAUCAGCCGCUAUUGUGCUGCACUCUCCCCUCCAGCGGAACCCAAAGCAGACAGACCAGCCCUCGGGAGUUUGUUGGCAUCGUCAUACCGGCAGCAUCAAGAGUCGCUGGCUGCAGAACGGGAGAGACGGCGCAUUGAGAGAGAGGAGCGCUUGCUCAGGAUUGAGCGUGAAGAGAGGGCUCGCUUCAACCGGGACUAUGUUGACAGAAGGGAGGAGGCCAGACAAGCUCGUGAGGAGAGGUACAGACAGGUGGAGAAGCUGGCUGGGGAGGAAUACGAGAAGGAACGCUCACGAACGGCUCCAAGGGGUCGCAGCGAACUGACCCUGAACCUGAGUCCACCCCCCUCCAGCUCGGCGUCAUCCCGCUGCAGCACCCCAUCCUCUGCAAAUUCCCAGCAAGACGUCUUUUCGGAUCUGCCACCGGCACCAGCGAUGGUCAGUGAACCGGCCCUUUCGCUAGGCGAUUCCACCUCCAGAACCGGUUCAGAACCAGAGCCAGAGGCAGAGCUUCCAGAACCUUCUGCUGAACCGGCGGGAGAUGAAGGACUGCACGAGAGGGACGUGGUUGUUGAGGUUGACCUCAAACCAUUAGGUGAGCGGACGGCUGCUGUAGAGCAGGAUGGGAGGGAAGAGGAUGCGGUACAGCGCGCACGUGAAACGCAAGUGGAAGUGGAGUCGGGACCCGAGCAGGCCGCGGAGCGGGAAGCCGAGGAUGUCGCCACCCUGAGUGAGAAGGAGAGGCAGAACGAGGAGCUGAAUGAGAAGGACAACUGUUCGGCCUCCAGCAUUUCGUCCACCAGCAGCACUCUGGAACGGGAGGAGAAGGAGGAAAAACUCACCUGUGAAAAUGAACCAGGCCAGUGGACACCGUGCAUGAGAGAUGUGGAUGUAAAUGAACAGUGCAGUAAGAUCCUCAAUGGGAAGCUCUUCAUGCUGGAUAUGUUGUACGCACAGAACAAACCUCCAGUGGAGGGUGAGGAGAAGGAGGGCAGCGAGGGCAGUGAGGGGAAGGAGACUGAGAGCCAGGACUUGUCCGUGACCAGUCUAGCCAGCAGGAUCUCAACGUUGGAAGCCAGCCGCCAGGCCUGUGAGGAGAACGUGAAGAAGAUUGACCUGGAGCAACUGGACAACCAGGGCAGCGUGCGAGCAGUGGCUGAAAAGUUUGGGGACCUGAUGAAGGGCAUGGUGUCACCACCAGAAGCCGACGUGCCAGAAAGGCAGCAGCUUCCAUCAGAUAGACCCAUCAAGAAGGAGUCUGACUACAUCUGGGACCAGCUGAUGGCGAGUCCCCGGCAGCUCCGCAUCAAGGACAUGGACUUCACUGACUUGGCCGACGAAGAUGACGUAGACAUCCUGGAUGUGGACAAUGUAAUGGGUUCGGGAGACCCAGCUCCACCUCCGCCCCCACCUCCCUGCCUCAGCUCCUUGCCACCUCCUCCACCCCUGUUUGGGUGUCCUCCACCCCCUCCUGUUCCUGGCCUUAUGCCACCACCCCCACCCUUCUCAGCACCUGCCCUGCCCCCACAGCCCCACCUAGGCUCUCCACAGUUGGGGCGGGGCGAGCCACCCACCUUCUUGAAGAAGAAGAAGACUAUUCGGUUGUUCUGGAACGAGGUUCGGCCCGUGGAAUGGCCUUAUCGCAGCCACAAGAGGUGUAAGGAGUCCCUGUGGUCAAAACUGGAGCCAGUCAAGGUGGACACCAGCAGACUGGAGCACCUCUUUGAAAGCAAGUCCAAGGAGCUUCCUGUGACCAAGAAAACAGCAGCUGAUGGCAAGCGCCAGGAAAUCAUUGUUCUGGACUCCAAGAGGAGCAAUGCCAUCAACAUUGGGCUCACUGUAUUGCCACCUCCACGCACCAUCAAAACGGCCAUCCUCAACUUCGACGAGUAUGCACUCAACAAGGAGGGCAUUGAGAAAAUCCUGACCAUGAUCCCCACAGAGGAGGAGAAACAGAAGAUCCAGGAAGCUCAGCUGGCGAACCCAGACGUGCCGUUGGGCAGCGCCGAGCAGUUCCUCCUCACAUUGUCCUCCAUCAGCGAGCUGUCUGCCCGGCUGCAGCUCUGGGCCUUCAAGAUGGACUACGAGGUUAUGGAAAAGGAAGUGGCCGAGCCCUUGCAGGACCUGAAGGAAGGGAUGGACCAGCUGGAGAAGAACAAGACACUGCGGUACAUCCUGUCCACGCUGCUCGCCAUUGGCAACUUCCUCAACGGCUCCAGUGCUAAAGGUUUUGAGCUAAGCUAUCUGGAGAAGGUUCCGGAAGUAAAGGACACAGUGCACAAGCAGUCCCUACUACACCAUGCAUGUAGUAUUGUGGUAGAGAAUUUCCCUGACAGCUCAGACCUCUACUCUGAAAUCGGGGCUAUCACACGGUCAGCCAAGGUGGACUUCGACCAACUUCAGGAGAGCCUGUGUCAGAUGGAGAAGAAGUGCAAAGCAUCAUGGGAUCACUUGAAGGUCAUCACCAAGCACGAGAUGAAGCCAGCACUGAAACAGAAGAUGUCAGAGUUUUUGAAGGACUGUGCAGAGAGAAUCAUUAUUCUGAAGAUUGUACAUCGUAGAAUAAUCAACAGGUUCCAUGCCUUCCUGCUGUUCCUGGGCCACCCUCCAUACACUGUGCGGGAGGUGAGCAUCCAUCGCUUCUGCAAGACCGUGAGCGAGUUUGCCCUGGAGUACCGAACGACGCGCGAACGAGUCCUGCAGCAGAGGCAGAAGAGGGCCAGCCACCGCGAGAGGAACAAGACUCGUGGCAAGAUGAUCACAGAUAAUGCAAAAUUCGGCGGCCCGCCAUCGGCAGGUCAGGACAGCUCAGCCCAGGGCCUCCAAUCGGCCGAAGAUGCUGCAGAGCAUGAGCACAUGAAGGCGGUGCUGCGGACCAGCCUGCAGGGCAGCGAUGGCGGGAGCUCCCUGGUCCCUGGGCUGCGCACGCGCACACGAGCCUCCAGGGUAGGCCGCAUGGGCUCGUGGUCAGCGGUUAACGAUGAGUCGCUUGUGACCACAGAGGAUACAGCAGACGAGAUCAUGGAGCGCAUUGUGAGGUCAGCCACACAAGGUCCUAGCCAUCGCACGCUGCCCCUCGAGAGGAGGAGGUCUCGAGCCAACCGCAAGUCACUGAGAAGAACACGGAAAGGAGGAUUGACUCCAGAAGAGGCCCAAGCACUUGGUCUGGUGAGCAGCUCCGAGAUGCAGGUGUGAGACAAGCGGUUCGGCGGUCCAGUGCGCAGUCUGCACCACAGCCUGGGAAGGCCCCGUGAUCCCUUCCCUGACCCCUGCGGUCUCCAGAAGGAACCCUCUGACUCAUGCACUGGGUACUGGUGUUCUUUCAUGGCCAGGGCUUGAGCCAGUAUCAUCUAUUGUGAACAGCAAAGGAUUGUGAAAUUGCUCAUUGAAAUUGAAAUUGCUCUAUUUUUGUCGUGUUGAGAGGACUUGUGAAAUAAUUUAGGAAUAUGACAUUAUUUCAUCAGCCAAAACCGUGACAAUGGCCAGAUUAAACAAAUGCUCUUCCUUUAGUGGGAUGGUUGCUGGAGUAGCUAAGGUAAUGUACAAUUCUCAAGGGUACAAUGCUAGAACUUUCAGAUCCAGAAACCAGCAUUCUCACCAGCAUUGCUGUACAUUACCUGUGUUUUUCCCAUAAGGAUUUAUUUUUAGCAUAGGCUAUGUGCUGCACCACUGAGAUGUUUACAGUAUUUUGCCCAAGGUUAUUUCAGCAGUGUGAUUUAAAAAAAAACCUUACCUUUAAAGUAAUAUUGUCAUUUCAUAAAUCAGAAAUCAUGCUCCCUCAGCUUAGAACAAGGUUCACUUCCACUGUGGUAUCCCAGCCUAUGUAAUGAACCACUGUGUGGUAUUUUUUAAAGAUUGUGAUAGCAUUUCAUACCAAACAAAGAGCUUUGAGCUGGAAUGUCUGCCCCAGAUGGAAGAGUGGAGGUUGGAUAUUGACAGGAGCUGCAAGAAAGGAUGUCUAGGAUAGGUGGAAUGUUUUAAAGGAAAAAUAUACAAUGUUU